CGCAAACCAGCGUUAAGCGACGUCGUUUGGUUGGAAAAAAAAAAGAAAAGAAACCAGCGCCCCCGAACCGUCGCACCAGCAAGCGUUGCAAAAAUGGAGGAGGAAAAAGCGGCGGCGUACUACGACGAGCUGACUCGGCGCGGCGAAGGAGCCGCCCGAUUCAAACAAGGCCUCGGCUUUUCCUCCGCAAACUCGGAUUCCGAAAAUACCCCUGUGCGCGGCUCAGCGCUGGCGUACUCCACCUCGUCCUCCUUCCUCAGUAAGUUCGUUAAGGCGUCCAGCCCGAAGAAAGAGUCGGAGCUCCGAAAUCAGGCCCAAAUCGAGUCCAUACAGAACAAGCUCAAGAGGAAGAGGCCCGACGCGGCGGAGGAAAGAGAAGAGAAACAACCGGCUAGGGUUUCGCAGAGAGAUAAUAAGCAUUCGAGGAAGCGGAGCAGGAGCAGGAGCAGAGAGAGGCAUUCGAGGCGGAGAAGUAGGAGCAGAGAGAGACAUAGAGAAAGAGAUAGGGUUAGAGAGAGAAGGAAGAGGAGUAGGUCCGGGAGCGAUUCCGAUGGAGGUAGACGACGGAGAGGGAGGAGCCGGAGUCGGAGCUCGUCGCCGAGGGAGAGGGUUUCGGAGAGGACCAAAGGUAAAUCGGGGAAGGAGAGGAAAGGCGGCGGUGCUGAUUAUUCCAAGCUGAUUGAAGGCUAUGAUAAGAUGUCCGCGGCCGAGAGAGUGAAGGCGAAGAUGAAGCUUCAACUUGCCGAAACUUCUGAGAAGGAUGCAGCGAAAGGGAUGGGCUCGGGUUGGGAAAGGUUCGAGUUCAACAAAGAUGCACCACUUGAUGAUGAAGAAGUUGAAGCUGCUGAUGAUGAUGCAGCACUAGUUAAGCACAUUGGCCAAAGCUUCCGGUUUUCUGCAGUUGAGACAAAAAGGGAGGAGCAGCUCAGAUCUGCUCAUGAUGAGGCUAUGUUUGGUGCAUCAGAUGAUCGACCGACCAUUGUGAUGGAUAGUGAAAUUGAGGCAGAGAACGACACAAAGGAUAGCAAAGAAAGUGAGCCUACAACUACAGUCCUCUUGAGUGAUACGGUACUUGCAAAGAAACAAGGUUCAUGGCGUGAUCGUAUACGUGACAAAAGGAAUUAACAUGAUCCGAAGCCGUAGACAAGUUGAGGUCUGGAAUGGUGACCGAAGGGGAAGACAUGGAUAUCGACAUGGAACUUUCUAAUACUACCACUUGGGUUUUGAUAUGAAGGUACAUGAUGGAGUUGACAAUGAAGAAGCUUCUGCAUUGAAGUUAGAGGCCGUAGAACUUCCAUUGUCGGAUCAUUUAUCCCGAGUCCUCCCUCUGUUCGAAAACAGCAUUUCUGGAGUGUGUCCCCGAGUCCACGUUCCUUGAUGAAAAGAGCUCGAGUAUGUUGCGCUGUAUUUUGGCCGAGGAAAACAGUGGCAUUGUAGUCGUAUUAGUAGGCCACUAGUUGUAAUUGUAUUGUACGUGUGUUCGCGUAUGAUGUAUUAACAUGUUCUAAUACAAGAUUUGACUGCGAGUUUUAGA